GCGGGCUCGGCUGUCAAUCACUGGAUCCCAGCUUGUGAUUACUCGCCGGCACCCAGUGAUCACCGAGUAUUACCGACGGGGGACACAACUGUAUGUAAACAAUACAGUUCUCUCGCCUGUGAGUUCCUGCACACUGCUUUGUAUGGCUCUGCAUAGAAGAGCCAGUAGAAAGCACACACACAGCAUACUGUGAAAAAGAACACAGUUAACCCUUCAAACGCCCACAUGUUAAUUCCUUCCUGCCCAGUGUCAUUAGUACAGUGUCAGUGCUUUUUAUUAGCACUGAUCACUGUAUUGGUGUCACUGGGGAUGUCAGUGACAACAAGUCAGCUCCCCCCAGUGUCAGAAGGCCCUCCACUGUCCCGCUAUAAGUCGCUG